AUGCGAUGUUGCUCUUUUUGCCGAUGGGUGGAAGGUCCACGCCUAUUUGAUACCAAUUCUUACUUCCUAGGAUUAACGAACUGGCCCCCCUUUCAUUCCAGACAAAAUACUUGUAAUCCUUUGCUUAAAGUUUCGCUUGGGAGAUGCCUAAUUCCAGCCUCAAUGCAAAAAGAAAUUUAUUUUUGCUGUAAAACCUGCCAGUCCAUUGGUUUCAGUUGGACGCGUCGGCGUCAUUCUUGGCGACUGGUUUUCUUCUACCGUCUGAUGGCUUUAAUUGCCGUAGUUGGAAUCGCAGCGUCUCUACUCUUGCACUUGCUGAUUCCUAGCUUAAGCUUUUUCCGCAACUAUCGGUGUGGGAAGCGGGCGAUUACUCUCCUUAGCGUCAACUUCACAAUAAUGAUGUCCAUUAUGGGGAUAAUGGCCAUUAUGCCAAUAAUGAUGGCAGGGAUCCUUGACGUGUUCGGGAAUUUUUCAAUUGCGGAAUUCAUGAGUCUGGGGAAGUGGGUCAGCAGACUGGGAUUCCUCUCUAAACAGGGGCCUUGGUUAGUAGCCUUUCCCGCUAAUCUCUGGCUGAUAGUCUCAUUCAUCAGAAAUGUAUGGAUUAUUGCCGCUUUCAAUGAUUCAUGCAGCAGGAGAUGGAGCUGAGAAGGAAUUGCGGCUGUGGAUAACUGCAGAACGUGGUACAGGGGCUCCGCUAGUUGCUCGAGCACAGUUGAAAAUACAAAACUUUCAGAGUCGGGGCUAAUCAGCACUUGCAACGACGGAGAGGUGUUACUAUCACAGAAUUUCUUCCCGUUUACCCCUCAAAGUAUAGAUGGCAGCUGCUCGUUUCGUGACGUUCUGGUGUGUAGAGCGUAUAUAAAUCUUCGUAAUGCCCAAAACAUUGAUUGGACACAGUCGCCUCUGGACAAGUGCCUUGGCAGCAAGCCUGUUUCCGCCAAUGCCUUUCACGACAGCCUGACGGAGAAGAGCGACCUGUACAGAUAUCUCAUGGUAUACGUGAAGGCGUGGAGUACUACACUCUUAACCGCCACAUGCUUCUUGUUGUACGCUGAGCUCAGUUCAAAGUUUGACUCGGUAUUUUUCCAGCCAAAAGGCAAUCACGCCAAUGUGCUCUUCCGGUUUGAAGCUCCUCAAACACCUUUCGCCGACUAA